AGAACACACUAAAAUUUCUUCUCAACGCUACCAGGUUAAUAGACUUGUAUACAAUAUUCCUCUUCAGAUAACCGCCGGAGUGAAAUCGGAGAGAAGAUGAUCGUGUGCGUCGCCGUCGUUGGUCAUCAGAACAAUCCUCUGUACAUUCAGAGCUUCACCGACGCCGAUGAUGCUCUGAAACUCCACCACAUCGUACACUGCUCCCUCGAUGUCGUCGAUGAACGAGUGAACAAUCCGAAAAAAUCCGGACCGACAUUGAACGAGACGUUUUUGGGCUUGCUGUAUCCUACUGAAAAUUAUAAAGUUUAUGGUUAUUUGACAAACACAAAGGUGAAGUUCAUUUUGGUGACUACGGAUUUAGAUGUUAGAGAUACCGAUAUCAGAAAUUUUUUCAGGAGCUUCCACGCCGCAUAUGUUGAUGCUGUCUCGAACCCAUUUCAUGUUCCUGGUAAAAAGAUAACAUCCAGAACUUUUGCAGAUAGAGUGAGCACCAUUGUCAAGUCAUUUGGGCUGAGUUCAGCUGCGUGAUUCUGGUUUGAGUUCAAUGCUUUUCCAAAUCUUGAAACUAUACUAUCAGAUAUUGUUGGCAUCAGGAAUGACGAUGGAUACUGCGGAUUCAUAUAUUUGUAGAUAUUUGACUUGUCUUUUUUAUUCGAAUUUAACACGGACAACAAAUGAAUUUGGAUUUUAAA